AUGUCACAAUCGGCGCGCGAACUCCGGCUACCAGAUGAAGCGGACAAGCUAUCAAUCCUGAGCGAGACGGACAGCGGUGUCGUGUGCACUUCCACGUCCCGUCCAUCCAGCUACGUCGGCACACCAAAUCUCCAGGGAAUUUUGUUCCCCCCUUUACCUGCCACCGGUACGCCACUGUCUCUAUGCUGUGUUCAGUGCCGCCGAACCGUUUUCCUUGACGACGCCGGCCCUGCCCGCAACUUGCCAAGGUAUAGGGUUAUGGAAAAUGUCGUUGAUAAAUUCAAAGGCAGCGGUACGCACCUACCGCGAUGUCAGAUGUGCCCAGAAAAUCCAAAAAUCGCAGCCGUGUCUUGCGAACAAUGCGCUGUUUUAUAUUGCGACGAGUGCAGGGAAACUUGUCACCCGGCCAGGGGGCCUUUGGCGGGACAUACACUUGUGAGAGCAAGGGCACCGCCGUCUCCGGAGCCGUUUUGCCCGGAACACCAGGACGAGAGGCUAGGAUUUUACUGUUUGGCGUGCAAGGAACCUGCCUGCGCGAGCUGCCUGCAGACGGAGCGACACGCCAGUCAUGACGUGCAGGCGAUCACUGCAAUGUGCAAGGCGCAAAAGACUGAAUUAUCCCAAAAUCUGCAACAGCUUUCUGAAAAAGCGAGGUCUACGACAGAAUUCAUACAACGGCUAAAAGGGAUGAGUGACAAGGUUAUGGAAUCAUGUACAGAAUUUGAACACUUAGUAACAGCACAAUGUGAUGCAUUGAUCACAGCUAUUUUAAAUAGGCGAGAUUAUCUCCUAGAGGCAAUACGAUGUGAUAGAGAAGCUAAACUCAGAGCACUCAAGGACCAGGCAUCAACUGCUACAGGAAAAUUACAACACACGACAGGUUUAAUACAAUUUUGUAUAGAGGCCCUCAAAGAAACGGACAGUGCUGCGUUUUUACAGGUGGGUUCAAUGUUAAUAGCCCGAGUGGCGCAAACGGACAUCGCCUGGCAUCGGGAGGUGCAGGAGGCCACGCCGCGUGUCUCUCACCAGGUCGAUCUCACGCUGGACGACAAGGCCGUUCUCAGGGCAAUCGAUCAAUUGAACUUCAUACAAAUGAAACCACCAAAUGCUCCUAUAAUCAUUCCCGAGGAAUGCAGUGCUGAAAAUAACUCCGUGACUGUUGCUUGGCAGCCUCCGCCCCAAAGCCAUAUCGAAGGGUAUGUCCUGGAACUGGACGAUGGAGCUGGGGGCGAUUUUAGGGAAGUUUACUGCGGUAAGGAGACGAUAUGCACAGUAGAUGGAUUACAUUUUCAUUGCAUGUACAACGCUCGCGUUAAGGCUUUCAACGGCACUGGAGAAGGCGAAUACAGCGAACUUAUAGGAUUACAAACUGCUGAAGUGGCGUGGUUUACCUUCGACCCAUUGCUGUCUCCUGGCCUGCAGUACUCGUCGGACCAUGCGACGGUUGCGGCCGACGGCUGGGAGCACCGCGUCGCCCUGGGUUCCGUCGGUUUCAGCAGGGGGGUCCAUUAUUGGGAAUUCACGAUCGAACGCUAUGACACCGAUACUGAUCCAGCAUUUGGCGUUGCCAGGAUAGAUGUUGCACGAGAUAAGAUGUUAGGCAAGGACGAUAAAGCCUGGGCCAUGUACAUCGAUCGUAAUCGAUCCUGGUUCCAGCAUGAUUCGACACAUGAACGUCGAGCUGAGGGUGGCAUCCAAACUGGUUCUACUGUUGGGGUUCUCCUUGAUUUAGAAAGGCAUACGCUAACCUUUUAUGUUAACGAAAUUCCACAUGGUGGAAUUGCGUUUAGAGAUUUGUACGGCGUUUUUUAUCCAGCUAUUAGCGUUAACCGCGGGGUCACAUUAACGUUACAUACGGCGUUAGAUCCACCAUCGGAUUCUGAUGGGGAAUUAUAAAUUUUUGGAAAAUUAUAAAUGUAGUUAUAUUGUUGUACAGUUUUACUUGAAUAAGUGUAGAUAAAUUUGCGUUCAUCGAUAUAGCACUUUAAAGUCUUACGCAAUUUUGAAAUAAUGGCAGAAUAUGAGAGCAAUUGUUCAAAGAGAAGCAUUGAGUUAAGACCAAGGUUAAAAAAUAUUAUGCAUGCUUCUAUGAUUAAGUCUCGCUAAAUUAUUACUGCCGAUGCCAUUUCACAUCAUAUUGAGAGAAAUUAUGAGUGUAUAUAAUAAGCAAUAUGACUGAGUAUGUAUAUAAAAUGAGUGAAUGUGUUCAAAUUUUAGCUUUAGUUUAUCAAAUUUUAAGUGUUGCUUAAUUCUAGAUUAAAAUUAUAUAAUUAAUAUAUUAACCAAAAAUCUUAUCCAUGUGUGUUUCUACACAAAGGUAUAAAUAACGAAAAUUAAUAAAAAUAAUAUUUAGAAUAUCACGAUGGAUCCAAAAUAUAUUUAUUUAUGAAUUGACGUACAUUAAAUAGUUCAUAAUAAAUUUAUGGAACUUUUCAACAAGUCAAUUCAUAUUAAUAGGUAUUUAAACAUGUGCGAGAAUUAUAUGGAUAUUUAAAUAUACAGGUUUGAAAUUCAUUACACAAUGUAAUUUGUAAGUUGUAUAUAAUAUAUUUUUUUGUACU